AUAUUAUAAACAUUUCCUCCACCAUAAUUAGCGGCACCCUCUGUAAAAGGAAACUAGCGCGUCUAAUCCCACGCGCCCCCACACCUCAAAACCCUCAUCUUCUUCAUCCACCCCUUUCAGAUCUUCAACCUGCUCUGACAACACUCAUCAAUGGCGGUCAGACUAAACUCACUCCACCUCAUCACAUACCUCACAUUCACAUUCCUCAUCUCCUCCACACACUCUCAACAACUCUACACAAACUUCUACCAGAAAUCAUGCCCUAGAUUCGACCAGAUUAUGCAGGAAACCACCACAAACAAACAAAUCAACUCUCCGACCACCGCCGCCGCCGCUCUCCGCCUCUUUUUUCAUGACUGCCUCGUCGAAGGCUGUGACGGAUCUAUAUUAAUCUCCUCCACACACUUCAGCAAAGCUGAACGUGAUGCCGAUAUCAAUUUAUCCCUUCCUGGCGACGGUUUUGAUGUCGUUGUUAGGGCGAAAACCGCUCUCGAACUCGCUUGUCCUGGUGUCGUCUCCUGUUCAGAUAUCCUCGCUGUUGCUACUCGCAAUCUUGUUACCAUGAUGGGCGGACCCUUCUACACCGUCAAAUUAGGUCGUAGAGACGGAUUAGUUUCACGCGCCUCGCGCGUUAAUCUACCUAAACCUUCAAUGCCGAUGAAUCAACUGAUUGAAAUCUUCACAUCUAGAGGCUUCACAAUCCAGGAAAUGGUGGCGUUAUCCGGCGCUCACACAAUCGGACUAUCUCACUGUACGGAAAUCAGAUCUGAUAUCUACAACUACAGCCGGACGUCACCGAUCGAUCCGUCGUUGAACCGGCGGUACGCCGAGGGUUUGCGAUCUGCGUGUGCGGAUUACCGGAAAAAUCCGUCCUUAUCGGUGUUUAAUGACGUCAUGACGCCGAGAAACUUCGAUAACGCGUAUUUCCAGAACCUUCCGAGAGGUUUAGGAGUGUUGAAAUCGGAUCGGGCGUUGGUGAUGGAUCCGAGAACGAGGCCGUUUGUGGAGUUGUAUGCGAGAGAUCAGAAGGCGUUCUUCGAGGCGUUCGGUCGAGCGAUGGAGAAGUUGAGUUUGUAUGGUGUGAAGACUGGCCGGAGAGGUGAAAUCCGGCGCCGGUGUGAUUCGUUUAAUUAGGUCAGAUUGUUUGUUGAGGAAGAUAUUUUUCAAUGGUUUUUAUUGAAUAUAUUAUUUAUUAUUAUUCUCUGUUUUAACGGUAAAGGUUAUAUAAUCUGUAUACUAAAAAGGUUGUUUUUUGGUGACUAAAUAAUAAUAAAGUUUAAACCUAAAA